AUGUCGGACAAUAGUUCCAUAAUGUUCAAUGUUCUUAAGAGAAAUAGAUUAACACCUCCCAGCAGCAGCUUGAAAUACUCUGGUUUUAAAGACGUGUGUCGCACUUCAUUAUUUUUGGACAGCAAAUGUAAUGAGUCAGUAAAGGAUCCUCAUGUAGAACAUAGAGAGGGGCUGAGUGCAACAAGUUUAUCCUUGCUACAAGAGCAUUCUGAGCAUAUUCGUCCAAAUGUCUCCUUUCCUGUGUCACCAUCUAUUGAAAAUGAAAUGAAUUCUAUCACCUUAUCAGAAAGAAAAGAAGCAAAUAGAAGUGCAGAUUUUUUUGAAACUCCUAAAGUGAGUAGAAAAUCCUCCUCGCUGCGCAGGAGGCUGCUUUUAUCUAAGGCUGUUCCAGCUGACACAACUGUAGGAUGCUGUGAAAGACAAGCUGGUUCUUCAGGAAGCAUCCCGGGGAAAAUGCUCUCUUGUGUUUUGAGCUCUGAAGAAAAACUUUCACAAACUGCUUCAGAUUCUCGGAAAGACAAAGGUUACAAAUGUCUUACAACUAGUACUUCAAAAACUGAGGACUCUAUUCCUGGUUGCUCAAAGAGGAGACUUUCCUUUUCACAACUAAGAACUUCUACACUAGAUGAGUCCAAAUGUAAGGAUCCCAUAUUGCUAGAACCGGAGUGUUUGUCUCCAAUUCAAUGUAAGGAUGUUAUUGUUAGCAAUAUUAAUGAAUUCAAUGAAAGUGCCCUUAUAAGUGUUACUGACGGGUUGCUUAGGACUCCUACUUACAGUGUGUUACCUGAGGCCAAUGAGGCUAAGUUUCUGACUUCCAUCAACAGUCCUGUAGAGAGCUUUAACUUUGAACUAUGUGAUAUAAAUUCUCCCCCUGUUAAGCUGGCAAGUUACCCAGAUCUUUCAACACCUGAGGAUAGUGGAUAUAAUUCACUUCAUUUGGACAAAUCGGGAGAUUCAUUGUCUGAUCAUGAGGGAUCUUUCCAAGAGUUAUCCCAAAAACAUAAAGAAGAUUCCAAAAUUCUGGAUAGUAAAAGAAAGACAAGAAAACUUGAACGAGUUAGAAGGUUAUCCACUCUUCAGGAACAGGGCUCACAGUCAGAGACAGAAGAUCGUCAUGGCAGUCCUUCUACUGCAGCAUGUAGGUUAACAGAAGAAAGCAACUUUGUCGGUGAAGACCAUGCAUUAGUUUCGGAACAGCCUAGUGGAGAUGUAGUUAUAAGUCAUGGAGAUCUCUCCAGAACUCCAGCUCUGAAAGUAGUUCAUGAAAUUUGCUUGCGAAGACAAAGAUCAGGCCAAAAUCAACUACUGGAGAAUAUUGAUGGAACAGAAAUAUUUGCAUUAGAACAUGUUCUUGCUGGACUUAUUGGAAAGAAAAUGGGCCUUGAAAAAUUAGAUAUUUUAACAGAGUUAAAAUAUAGAAAUUUAAAACAUGUUCUUGCUAUAGUUUUAGAUGCUUCAACAGUGGAAAGUCUAUGCAGCAUUUGGGAAGUAAGCAAAAGCUGGCGUGAAAUCAUUGUGCAAGAUAAAAGUGCAGAUAAGAGGAGAAAGUUGUACAUAAAACACCUGAAAGAAGAAGCUGAGGAAUAUUUAUUGAAAGCAGAAGAUGCUGCCACAAGACUUAAUGUCCUCAAUAGAUCUGCUCUAAGACCUGUUCAAGCUCAAGCCAGAACUCCUGUCUUACAAACACCACCUUCACGCACUGACAUUACACCUAGGAGAUGCAGUUCUGUUCCCCAUUCAAGCAAUAGACGGGGAGAAUACAUCAAAGUUGCUAAAACUCUGUGCACUGAUGAAGCUAUAAAACCUUGUCCAAGAUGUCAAUAUCCUGCUAAAUAUCAAUUGAUAAAGAAACGGGGACUAUGUAGCAGAGAGACAUGUGCAUUUGAGUUCUGUAUUUUAUGUUUGUGUGCAUUCCAUGGGUCAAAAGAAUGUAAUAGUUUAUCUGCAAAACAGAACAAAAAAGAUGCUCCUCCAGGUAGUGCCCAAAGCAAAAGAAAUUUAAAAAGACUCUAA